GUUGCAAUCUCCACUCAUCUCGACUCACGCCCCUAAACGGAAGCAAAGUACGUCGCCUGCUUACAACGCUCAUUACCCCUUAGCACGGAAAGUGUCCAUCCUAGCAAGCACAGCAAGCCGCCCGAGAUGGCCCCUAAGAAAAAGGACAAACAGCACAAGUUUCCAUACAAGCAGAAGCAGUUGGAGGAGGCGGGGCUUGUGGGCGAAGGCCUAUCCGAAGAGGUCCGAGAAAUUAUAGAGGACAUGAGAGAGCGCCCAAUCAUGUACUUGGGCGCGACCUUGGACCAGCUCAAGUCUACCAACGAGCACGCCCUCUUUUGGGAAAAGAUCGCCGCCGUACGCACGCAUCCAGAGACACUGUCAACCACCACCGACGGCUCGCCCUACGCCGUCUCAGAAUACGAGAAAUGGUUCUACUAUCACGGAAACAGCAACACGCUCGUCUACCGCUCCGACCUACACACCAAUCCCUUCCCCGACCCUUCGCCCGGUGCGCGGCCCCCCCAGAGACGCUUCGACCACUUCAGCUGGCACAUGCAUCCGGCGUUGCACGAUGCGUGGAAUGCCCCGGCGCGAGUGCACCAUCAGGUCAGCGAAGCGCUCAAAGCCCGAGGCAUCACGUUUUACGACGCGUGCCUCUAUCGCGUUCGCGAGGGCGACGAGGACGAGGACGUGUGGCCAGCGCCUCAGGGCCGGCCAAUCGUCUGGGUCCUCAUGCCCCCGGGGGCUGUUACGGCGGAGGUGGCGCACGAGGUGAGCGAGGAGAUCUUCGCGCUCCUGGAGAAGCAAGGGAUUGCGCGGGGUGAUCUGGAGGUCGAGUGGGCGGAAGGGCAUAUGCGGAUGUGGGGCGCGUAUACGAACUACGUGUCGUUGGAAAAGAAGUAGGGAGCGGAUUAUGGUAUCCGGGAGCACACCUGUCUCUUGGGAUGAACAGACAAUACUUUCGGUACUGACCCACGUGCAUUGUGAGCCUUGCCCGAUGGGGUCUGCCGCGGAAUAUCCAAUUCAGCCCUUAAUCUCCCAUGCCCCUAAUCGAGAGAAUGAAGGAGAGCGA